GUGGGAGUCCCUGUGCGCGGUAGUUCGGGAGGUGAGGUCAGGCGUUUCCCCUUUGACUGGCCCCUAUUUAAAAAUCCCUGCAUCGGGUGUUUUUUCUGCAAAGACCGAGAGACGUAUUACUCUUUUAUUAGAGGGGAUAUUAAACGUUCGGGUGGCUGCACACAUACUCGGCGCGUUGAUCAAGGUUUGUGGUGGAAAAAGAAAACACUCACAGUGGUUUGUCUAGGAAAAGAGUGAUGGUGGACAAUUCCAGUAGCAGCAAAGCGCAAGUGCCAAGCUUGUCUGAGGACAGCAGUCUGGCUGGAGUGUUCUCCCAGGCAGCUUUCGGAAGUGCAGCCGGUGUCAAAUUGGAGGCGGUUAUGGAGCAACUCCAGAGACAACAGCAGGCGAAACUAGAGAUGGAGCGCAAAGAGAGACACUUUAGGGAAGCCCAUAUUCUGUACGCCCAACAGCUGGCUGCACAACAAGCCAUCAUGGCCAACGCCAGGGCCCAGGGUGCCCCGUUACCCCCUGAUUAUUACAACAAAAACUCCAGAGACAGAGUGCUAAAAGGCGGACAGGGGCCGCAAGCUGCCAGGGGCCCCAUGAAAAGCAGCGCUGACCUACACGAGGAGGAUACUGCUGAUGAGAUGGACAGGGGAAGAGGGUCUGAGGGGGAUGAAGAUGAUGAUGAUGAGAUGAUGGAUGGGGAAGAGGGUAGUGAGGAUGAUGAAAGCGAAGGUUUGGAGUUCCUCAGGCAGCAGAGCCUUGCUCUUCAGCAAGCGGCAGUCGGGGUACCUCCGUAUUCAUUCCCUGUGUAUGCCGCCUCACCUGCUGCUGCUAAAAAACAUCCCCGAUCACCAACCACUAAGGUGAAGGAUGAACCCAAUGAGUCCCUCACUGAUCAACAAUCAAUCAACACACCAAAUGGACUGGCCGAUUGGAGUCUCGAUGACUCCUUCAAACAGAAUGGAAAUUCAAGUUGGAACGAUGACGGCGAUGGAGGGAGAAGCCGAGGAGAGGCCUCUAGAGACUUUGCCAAGCUUUAUGAAUUGGACAAUGACCCAAAACGGAAGGAGUUUCUGGAUGACCUGUUUGCGUACAUGCAGAAAAGAGGUACACCUGUGAAUCGGAUCCCCAUCAUGGCCAAGCAGGUGCUAGAUCUAUACAUGCUGUAUAAACUGGUGACUGACAAGGGGGGUCUGGUGGAGGUGAUAAACAAAAAGAUCUGGAGAGAGAUCACAAAAGGCCUGAACCUGCCCACCUCCAUCACCAGUGCCGCCUUCACCCUCCGCACACAGUACAUGAAGUACCUGUACCCAUAUGAAUGUGAGAAGAAGGGUCUAAGCUCCCCUGGAGAGCUCCAGGCAGCUAUCGACAGUAACCGCAGGGAAGGUCGUCGUCCUGGCUACAGCAACAGCCUGUAUCGCUUUUCCCCUUCUCCCAGUAUCUCAGCCCCCCACCUCCUGUCUUCUCCCAAAAUGCACCUGCCCGCCACUGGACACAACGGACUUCAGGCUACUCCGAGUCCCGCCAUGAAGAAAGCUACAGUUCCAGAGGAUGGUCCCUCCUCCAUGCUGCCAGGUCGACUCCCCUUGGCACUGGCUCUUGGUCAUCAGCAGCAGCUGGCACGUGCUGCCACCCUGGAGCAACUAAGGGAGAGGCUGGAGACCGGCAUGGGUGCUGGGACAGUGAACACUGGGGCCGCCCUGGUGGAGGGGCCUGAGAGGAAGAUGGCGCGACUGGCAGAGGAGCAGCAGAGGCUACUCCAGCAGGCUUUCCAACAGAAUUUGUUGGCAAUGGCAUCACAGGUCAACCCCGCCAACCUGCGAAUGAACAACACCAACACCCACGAGGAAAAGCAGGACCUGUCCCUCAGUAUUUCUUCUAAUGGGUCUGCUAGCAUUACCGUGUCUGUGGAGGUCAAUGGGAUUAUUUAUUCAGGAUCUUUAUAUGCCCAAAAGUCAUCUGCCACUGUCCCCACCUCUGCCACGCCCACGGGCCACACCUCCACCCUCAGCCCCGGUAUUCCCUCUUCCUCCUCAAAGAGUUCUGACUCUGUGGAACCAGCCAGAGGCGGCUCUCCCUAACCAUCACCAGCUUCCUGUAACCAAACAACCCGUCAGUCCAGCCUAAGUGACAGUUGUACCGCUGUGAGCCACUCUGACCUCUAGAGGCAGCAUAAUGAAUCACAUUCUGCCUCCUGCACAUCUUGCAGCUGUGUUGUCCUUUCAGUGAAGGCAGGACCACACUCAUACACACACUUACAAACUCAACAGCUGUUUAAGCUCACCUGUUUUUUUCAGCAAGUUUUCAUAAUGUUUUCUCAGGACUUGAGGGUUUUUAAAGUUUGAUUCAACAAAAUACCUCCACUGUCUUAAUCUCAGUGCUGUUGUGAGUGUUGCUUUCUAGUGUUCAUGCAAUCAUGCCUUUUUAUACCAGUAAUUCAGUCACUCACAAAUAUCUGCAAAACAAUCGUGGCAUGAUCUAAUCUACUUCUGCCAAAGUCACAUUUGUGAGGUUGUGGUUGACUUUUUUUGCUGUCUAUUAAUCCUCUUAUUUAAAGAUUGCUGAAUUUACCUCAUCUGCAGUGAAUUUAUAAGACUCAGGAUCGAUUACUAUGAAACUGCUGUGUUCUUUGUCUAUUUUGAUGGAUUUUAAAACGGGCUACAAUCCCCAUCAGGUGUUGCAAAGUUGGUUUGGUAUGAAAAGGGGUCACGGUUAUAUAUUUUUUCCUUUUAAAAAAAAAAAACAUUUUCUUGAUUUUAUUGUUUUUAUUUCCAUUGUUGUUUGUUUUUUAGUUUCUAGAUACAUAAAUAUUAUUAUGAUUUGAAAAGAGUUUCAAGUUUGAAAAUGCAUUUUACACAGCUGAGAGGUUGUUUUUUUGUUUUGUUUUGUUAUUAUUUUGACAUAUUUACAGGCAACAAUUUGGUUGAAAGAUUUUUCUCUACCUCAGACACAAGACAAUGUAUGAUUGAAAAGAAACCAUGUGGAAACCCAUCCAAGCAGAUGGUGUCCAACAAGUCAAUCAUUUCUGUGCGUUGGACGAUCAUAUACAGGCUCGUACAUAUGAGCCUUAAUAUACUAUUCUUUUACUCUGGUGCGCAAACUACUUCUUUAAACAUACUUAAACCAGGUCACAGAAAAGCAGGAUAACAUUCAAAUCAACUGAGGAUUGAAUGUUUAUUUUUCUUGUGUAUUUUUGAUUGUUGAAACUUCAGACCUCAUCUAUCUUUCCAUAUUGGAAAGCACAUUUCUCAGGAAUUUCAGUUUUUGUUUUUUCUUCAUAGAUUUUAACCUUAUAACCAAGACGCAGUCUAGCAUCUGGAAAAUAAACAACACUACAUAAAAUAUAAUGCAGUCGUGUGGGACUGAAACAGCUACCUCAGUCAGGAUUUACCUACUAGUUUCAACUGCCCGCAGCGCAUCACCGAAAUUACCUCAGAAAAACCUUUUGUCCUAUUUUUUUGAUGCAAAAAUAUCUCUCAGGUUAUGAAUUAGCAAAAUACCUCAGACAGAACAUUAAUACAUUGGUGUAAGAUGAGAAUAUUGUUCAUAUCCACGAAGUAUUGAUUAUCGACUGGACUGUCUUCCAAUACUUCCAAUACACUUCCAGUAGAUAUGGCGUAAUUCAAGUCGGUCUGGUCAUGAAGUGUUCGUAUACUUUGCUGAUUUAGCCUUGCCAACAAUUAGCUUUUCAUGUAUAAAAUCCUGCAUUUGCAUGACCCUAGGACCUGCUGGGAUACAGACACCUUUAUAUUCUCAUUUAUUUUCUUUAUUUGACAGAUAACAGCAUAGCUGAAAACCAAAGAACAUGUGUUUGUUAUCCUCUUUGAUGACCUCACUGUAUAGACACAUGCAACUUUACACAAUGAAAUUAAAGUCUGAUCUGA